AUGGCCCGUCGUCGUAUCCAAGGUCCAAGCUCUGCUAGAAGUAUAUCUGGCAGUAACCCAAUGCUAUCACGCACUAGCACUCCUCCUCUUAUUGUGGAUUCAAUGCCAGGACUUGCUGCAGAUCCAGGAACAUUAUUCUCACUAGAUACCUCUUCUUCCAGCGCUUCCUUGCCACCAAAUAAUCCUUCAGAAUCUUUUGCUGUUCCCCAAUUUCUAGACAUGACACAGCUCUAUAAGGCCUACUGUACACUGCAAAAGGACUACUCGUCUCUACAGACUGCAAACUCACAGCUUAAAGCGGAGGUUGCAGAUCUAAAGCUCCAGCUCACACGUCAACCAAAGCGUGUGCAGAAUGCUAAAAAUGCAAGUAUUCCAGGCACUGUUGUAGACCCAAUUUCAUCCGAAGUAGACCCUGCUGUUACAGAUAUGGCACUGGACGUUAAAAAAUGGGGGCGGUAUUUUGGACUUUUUUACAAUCUCUUUGUUACACCUGCCAUGUUUUCUCCAACAUUACCUACUGCAUCAUUUGCCUUGGACAGCAUUGAGCGUUACAAAUCGCCAGCUAAUGAGGCUAUUGGAGCAACUCUAGAGCUUUACGAGCACAUUCCCUCCAAGUAUCAUCCAAUUAUGCGGUUGGCGUCUAGCUCAAAGGGUAAAACAUUUCUCCGAUUGUUCAGGGAAGGACUCAGUGCUGGUCGGUCCACUUCAUUAUCGAUGCUUCGAAUGUCUUGUGCAGCCAGUAUUUUUGGCCUUCCGACACAUUACUUUGAUCCCAAAUUUACAUCCCAACGAAUCAAGAUGCCGGAAAUUCAGAAGCUUUUGGGAUUUGAUGUCGCAUUUGCUAACUCGGAAGCAGGAAAGGCCUCACCCGAAAAGGCUUAUGCUCGCUUUCCACCUAUUUUGUGUAAAAAUGGUGAUACUUCGCGUGUUGACCAUAGAUUUCGAAACGAGUCUUUAUAUAUGACUGCUCGUGCUACGCUUUUUGGAAAGACAUCCGCUAUGGACAAGGACAAUGCUGUUUCUCGGGCCUCAAGCUUUUAUCUAGGGUCGGACAAGCCUGCAAAGACAACAUUUGGUUUAAUUGCAAAUAUUUGCGGAUUUUGCAGAUAUAUUUUAUCUAGCGACAAAUCCUUUGGCGGAUCAGGAAUUGGACCCGAUACAAAAAUUGACUACAAUGCCGAAAUCAAUUAUUACAAAAUGUACCUCACCCAACUUCAUGCAAAUCCGGCAACUACAGCGUAUGUUGUUCGACUUCUCAAAGAGUGGGACAGUGAAGUAUUUGCUGUCAAUAUUUCGGCACAUGGACAAUCCGGACAGGACGGGGAUGGAGAGGUUAUUGAGUUAGAUCAAGCUGCCGAAAUUGAGCGAGACAUGGAGCGUCUGCGUCUUGAAGCAGAAUCUGAAUUUGCUGUGUCUUCACAUUCUGACACAUUUGAUGGAGAGGAUUUUGAUGAAACGGAGGAUGCAAACAACGACAUUGAAGGUCAAAAUACACGCGCGUUACUUGUUCCUAUCCAUAGGACUACAGAAGCAGAGUACUUCGAUAACUUUGAGGAAGAAACACAUCACGACGAUGCACAUCCACUCAUUGAUGAACAGCCUUGCAACAAUCUAACUUUAUUAGAUUCUGAUAUCAAUGUCAACCCGACGAUUAUCAAUGCUAUGCAGAACAGUCCAUUGACACUUGCCGACGACCCCUUGACAGAAUCCCUGCCUUCUCAAGCCAAUCCAUCAGAACCCGUUGCAACAUUGACAAAACGGUUAACACGCACCGAAUCUAGAGCUAUAGCAUCUCGUCUAGCCGUGGAAGAAAGAUUUCCAGCCCAGAAUUCUUUUCACACAAUCCAUACCUCCCAUCAUUCCGAUGACAAUGCCAAUAAUUCCUCUCCCACCAAUCAUGACCCAGGCACACAACGAGGUGGAAAGUCUUCAACACGGUCCCGGGGUUCUGGAAAAAGAGGACGGAAAUAA